AACGUCACGUGGUAUAUUAGGUUAUAACUUAACCUUACAACUUGUCACAACAAAUAUUUUCAACUUGUUUGCAAAGCUUGCGUUAACAAUAUGGGUAAAAAGAGGAAAUUAAAGGAGUCUAAGAGUGAUGAAUUCGAAUUUGAUCCAGUUCCCAAACACUUAGUUGUGGCUCAUCUGAAAAAUCAAGAAAAACGUCUUAUAAUUAUUCUAGAGGAUGCUAAUCUAGAAACAGUAAAGGUAGGCAACAAGUUUGAGUUAUUAAACUGUGAUGAUCAUGCACAUAUAUUAAAAAGCAACAACAGAGAUCAAGGGUCUUGUAGGCCUGAUAUAACACAUCAGUGUCUACUUAUGCUUUUCGACAGUCCUUUAAACAGAGCUGGUCUUUUGCAAGUGUAUGUGCACACAAGUAAUAAUGUAUUAAUUGAAAUAAAUCCCCAGACAAGAAUACCCAGAACAUUUAAAAGAUUUGCUGGCCUCAUGGUGCAACUACUUCAUAAAUUUUCAAUUAGGGCUGAGGAUGGACCAAAGCUGUUGAAAGUAAUUAAAAACCCAAUCACAGAUCAUUUACCUGCUGGUAUUCAAAAAAUAGCAAUGUCCUUUUCUUCCAAGAAAGUUCAAAAUUGCAGAGAAUUAGUGCCGAAAACAGAAGAUCCUAUUGCUAUUGUUGUAGGGGCUAUGGCAAGGGGCAGUUUAAAUGUGGAUUAUACAGAAGACACUAUUUCAAUAAGUAAUUAUCCAUUAUCUGCUGCCUUAACAUGUUCCAAGUUGUGCUCUGCUUUUGAAGAGUGUUGGAAUGUUAUAUAGUUUUUGACUAGGAUGUGAUGAUUUGUAAUUAUUAUGAUUUGUAUAGACUAUACAUAAUAAAAUAUUAUUUUAUUGAAA